AUAAAUAAGAUAAGAUGUUGAGUUGGAGAGGUGAUAAAAGAAAGACUGAAAUGAAAUAGCGUAAGAAAGGUGAAGAAAGUGGCGAUGCCGUAUACAAAAAACAUGGACGAAGAAGAAACAACGAAAAACAAAGGAAAAAAACCCAAACACACUUUCCAAACACUAUUCUCCACGAUGACACGAAAACCAGUUUUCAAACAAACCCUAAUCAUCUUCUUCGUUCUCUUACUUCUCUACGCUCUCUUCAACACCUUCUUCCAACCAACCGAUUCUUCCACCUUCGAUUCCUCCACCUUCUCUUUCAACUCCGCCACUUCCUCCGUUCUCCUCUCCUCCGCCGCUUCCAAAUCCCCUGCGGUCAAGGUUUACCUCUACGAUCUCCCCAAAAGGUUUACCUACGGAGUUAUUCACCACCAUUCCCUCGCGCGUGGCUCACGCGCUAAUACGGAUGAAAAGGAUGUUACGUCGUUCAAGUAUCCCGGUCAUCAACAUAUGGCGGAGUGGUACUUGUUUUCUGAUCUAUCUCGACCCGACUCGGAACGUUCCGGUUCUCCUGUUGUUAGGGUUUCAGAUCCAGAAGAAGCUGAUUUGUUUUUUGUUCCGUUUUUUUCAUCGUUGAGUUUGAUUGUGAACCCGGUUCGACCGGCUGGUUCGGGUUCCGUACCGGAGAAAACUGCUUACAGCGACGAGGAGAAUCAGGAAGCAUUGAUGGAGUGGCUGGAGAUGCAGGAGUUUUGGAAGAGGAGCAAAGGAAGGGAUCAUGUGAUUGUUGCGUCGGAUCCGAAUGCAAUGUACCGGGUUGUUGAUCGGGUUAAGAACUGUGUUUUGCUUGUUUCGGAUUUUGGAAGGUUGAGACCUGAUCAGGGAUCCUUGGUGAAGGAUGUGAUUGUGCCGUAUUCGCAUCGGAUAAGAACUUAUGAUGGUGGCAUUGGUGUUGAUAAGCGCAACACCUUGUUAUUUUUUAUGGGAAAUCGAUAUCGUAAAGAGGGAGGGAAAAUUCGAGACACGCUCUUUCAAAUUCUAGAGAAAGAAGAUGAUGUAAUAAUAAAGCAUGGAGCACAAUCCAGAGAAAGUAGGCGGGCAGCAUCACAGGGAAUGCACACAUCAAAGUUCUGCUUACAUCCUGCCGGGGAUACUCCAUCAGCCUGUCGAUUGUUUGAUGCGAUAGUCAGCUUGUGUGUUCCGGUGAUUGUCAGUGAUAGUAUUGAGUUGCCUUUUGAAGAUACUAUAGACUAUAGAAAGAUUGCUGUAUUUGUGGAAACUGCUGCUGCUAUACAGCCAGGAUAUUUGGUGUCAAUUUUGAGAGGCAUGGCCCCAGAUAGAAUCGUGGAAUAUCAGAAAGAACUAAAAGAGGUGAAGCGAUACUUUAAAUAUGAUGAACCAGACGGGACAGUGAAUGAGAUUUGGCGCCAAAUUUCAAAAAAACUACCCUUGAUCAAAUUGAUGAUUAACCGCGAGAAACGACUGUUUACAAAGGAACCUGAUUGCUCUUGCGUAUGUACAAACCAGACUGCCAUUGGAACUUUAUAGCACUAACAAUUGGAUUUGGCAUCCCAUGAACUCUGGCUUGGUUUUGACGGGACAUUCUGAGUUGAUGAGAAAAUUAAGGAUAAUGAUAGUUGUAAAUGUAGUUUCUGUCAUAUUUCUCAUAAGAGUGGCUUGGAGAUAAUUGUUGACAACCACGGUUUACUCAACUCAUGUCCCAAUCGAAUUCUUGUAUAAUGAGAGAAAUUAGGUGUAACUAUCAUUAUCCGUUAGUUACUGCUGGGCUGGCCUGAGUGUGAUAUUUAGAUGCUGGAAAUUGCUUGUUAUCUGCUGUCCGUGUAGGUAUACCUUACGCAUUCUGUCAUUGUAGAUUCCACAAGCCCCUUAUAUGAUUACACAUUAGACUAGGCUAAGAAGAUGAAAUCUAUUUGUAUCGUGAAUGUAUUGUACAGGUUAUAAAAUAAAGGCAUGAUUAUUUUUAUUCUUUAUAAUCAUAUCUUGAUCUUUCCCUGUUCA